AUGACUCCCAACAGCGAGAACGCCAUGGCUCGGUUACUCUUGGCCAUGUUGAAUCAGAAGAACCUCAAGGAUAUCGACUGGAAUGCAGUUGCCUCAGACCCAUUACUCCUAGAGCCCAUCACAAAUGGCCACGCUGCAAGGAUGCGAUUCACUCGCUUCCGUGAUACUGUCAAGGGCCACGCGCCACAAAAGAGGACUCGUGCUGAAGACAAGAGUCGAGUAACAAAGUCGAAAAAGGAGCAAAAGCCUAAGAACCGCAGCCUUGCCAAGUCAAAUUCUGCAUCGAGCCUCGCGUCUUAUGCUCAAGUUCAUCAAAGUCCUCUUAUCAAGCAGGAACAGAACCAAUAUUUUGCGCAGUUCUCUCCCGCCUCGACCUCAUCUCCUUACCUAGCCGACACUCGAGACGAUUUCAAUCGUUUCCUCACUCCUUUCAGUGAUGACAUGCCUCAACAAAGCGUUGGUUUCAGCCCAACCUCCCUCGAGGAUUUGAGAAUGCGCAACGGGUUUGGCCCUUUGAUGGACUCUGCUCCUAACCUUAUGGUUCAACAACCUCCCCAGGAUCCCAUUGUCGUGGGACAGUCGCCCUUUCUCCAUACGUUUGACCCUCAAUACGACUUGGCCUCCUACAAGCCUGCCAUCGGUGACGCUCAGAGCCCUGGCGCACUUGAUUUCAACGGUCCUCUGUCCCUUGCAGAUUGCAACCCUGAAUGGAUGGACGACCUCAAUGACCAAUCCUUUUGA